CCCGCUGGAAGCCUCUUUCAGCUCGGAGAUCAGCCGCGUCCUGCUCUGCCAAAACGAAUAUUUCUCCUGCCAACUGUGUGAAGCCAAGUGACACUGGCACCACGCUGAACGCUGCAGGCUGAACGGGGCUUUAGGGUUACAACACGCUGCUGUCUCUCUCCUCUCUCCUCACUUUCUCCUAGGAUUAAGUGAAUCAGCUUAGGUCCGCUCUCUUUUCGCCGUGGCUUUUAGCGCAUUCACAUCUUCCACCAUUACGUCCCAAAGCAUAACAGACUUUUUAGCGCUUGCUUCUCGGACUCUCCAGGGGAAGAGAAUCGUCGCCGCUGUGGUUGGCAUCGUUAUGGUUUUGGCUCUCAUCAUCGCAAUUCCCCUGCUGGUCCAGACUUCUAAGACCGAUGGACACUAUGAGAUGAUGGGCACCUGUCGGAUGAUCUGUGACCCGUACAACCCCAAACCAAGCGCCACAUCCCUGGAGGUCAUGCAGGACCUGAACGCCAUCCCCUCUCCAUCCUUUGUUCAAGGGACAAAAGGCGAGCCAGGUAGGCCGGGAAAACCCGGGCCGAGGGGGCCAGCAGGCGAACCGGGGCCACCCGGUCCAAGGGGACCUCCGGGUGACAGAGGAGAGUCUGCAAAGACCGGGCAUCCCGGGGUAAUAGGCACAGCGCGGACCGAAAUCGACGGAGAGUUGGGCUCUUCUACCGGUGGGGCAAAGACAGCAUUUUAUGUGGGUCUGAAAAAUCCUCAUGAAGGAUACGAAGUGUUACGGUUCGACGACGUUGUCACAAAUCUGGGGAACCACUACGACCCGGCUACCGGCAAGUUUACAUGCCAAGCGUCUGGAAUUUACUACUUCACCUAUCAUGUGCUAAUGCGCGGAGGGGACGGGACAAGCAUGUGGGCAGACUUGUGCAAAAAUGGACAGGUCCGAGCUAGCGCUAUAGCGCAGGACGCAGACCAGAACUAUGACUACGCCAGCAACAGCGUCGUCUUGCAUCUGGACUCCGGGGACGAGAUUUAUGUCAAGCUGGACGGCGGUAAGGCGCACGGUGGAAACAACAAUAAAUACAGCACGUUCUCCGGCUUCCUCUUGUACCCAGACUAAUGUGGAGCAGUGGACUCCUUACAGAAGAAGAAGCUGCUACAAUGCAAUUGAAGCACCUCACAGUCCUUUUUUUUUUUUUGAAAAUGAUUUGUUUAUUUAUAUAAUCUACAUGGAUUAGGAAAUUCGACUUUUUCCAGUUCCACGUGCUUUGCAGAUUUUCCUUUCAAAAAGCAGAUUACGACCAAAAUAUCCUCAAGACCUUUUUGAAACGGUGUUUACUGCUUUACAAAUAAGUGACAUGACUGUGUUGACAGUUUUAGAGAACCAUUAUGAAAUAUGUUAACCUUAGUUCCACAUUGUUCUGACGCUCAACGGAUUCGGUCUGUAUUUACAGUUUUGGUGUUGUUCCAUUUUCUUUUCGUGCCGUUUGUGGAGUUGGGGUUAUUCUUUGCACUGCAUUAAAACUGGGCUCAGAGUACCUUGAUGAACAUACAGAGAACAUUACUGGGUGACUUGAUGCCAUUUUUGCUUGAAAGCUGUCCCAUAAAGAUUUAUAUAUAAACUGUCUAUUCAUAUGUGUUUAUUUAUUCAAGAAGUAAUGAAAAUCAGUAAACCUGUGUAAACUGUAAGCUGAUUAACUGUUUAUUUGCUUUUGCACCAGAGAUGUGUUCAUAUUCCAAUGGUCAUUAAUUUCAAUAAAAUAUUGUUUUGUAUGUCA